AUGGUCAAUAAGCUGGGACAAACAGCAUUGAUUUUUGCAUCAAAAUAUGGCAACCUUGAUCCUAUCAAACUCUUACUUGAACACGAGGCUGAUAUUAAUCAAACUGAUUUUGAAGGCAAUACAGCUUUGCAUUA